GGGUGUUAAGGCUGCAGGUGGUGCUAGGGAGUUUGUUUUGCCAUGCAGCAAUCUUGGGAUCGGACAAGUAGCAUUGAGAGUGUCAAGAAAGGCCAUACAAAAAUGCUGGGAAAUGGACAAAGUGGAGGAUAUGCACCUGAGACAACGGGUGAACUCUUGCAGAGCAUCGGUGCGGUGCCUGUGGACAGCACCGAUAAGAAAGGCCUCCAGGUGGGUGGCCAGUUGCCAGGCAGUGUGCAGGCAGGGGCUCAGCAGCAGAACCAGCAGCUUCUCCUGACUCCAGCCAGCCUCCAGCUCGCACAGCUUCAGGCCCAGCUCACCCUCCAUCGCCUCAAAUUGGCUCAGGGCGGCAACACAGCCACUGCCGCCACCGUCCUCAAUCAGGUUCUUUCCAAUGUUGCCAUGUCCCAACCCCUGUUCAAUCAGCUAAGGACUUCAACUAUGGUUGGGAAUCCACAGGGUGCCUUCCCCACAGGGGUGCUAGGUUUUCCCUCCUCAAAUUCAGCUCUGGGGGCCUUGGCAAGUGGACUCCACCAAAACCCAGGGAAUGUGAGACUGAACCAUCCUGGUGCAGGGGGCACAGUGGGCCAACAGGGAGCGGAGUAUGGUAAAAAGUCAGGGUCAACUUACCCUUCUGAUACUGAUCGGCGUCUUCAGUACAACUUAGCUGGAGGGACAUCUGCCUCAUCAGCCACAGCAGGUGAUGGACAGUACACAGUGAUCAACACUCAGGCAAAAAACACGAACAGUGUUGGUUUUCAGAGAGAUUUCUAUGGGCUAGAUAUGCAGGGGCAACAAGCUGGAUUUAGUGUGAAUGAGCAGAACAUAAAUGUCUAUAACUCCACUGGGCAUAAGGAGCAAUGGAAAGGCCCAGCCAACUUGAGUCACGCUGGAAAGGUGGAUAUGGUUUCCAACGCAGCCACAGUGUGGACAGCAGCUGGGCAGCCAAUUCGGUCUCGAACGGAACUGUAUAACCCAGAGGAGCCAACCUCUGACCCCAAGUUCAUUCACAGUGGCGGGGUUUCCUCUUUGGGUUCAAGUGGCACACAGGGAUUUGGGGGCUAUCAGCCCCUGCAUGGAACUGAGGAAACCCUAUCAUCAGGUACCAGGACACUUCAGCCUUAUCAAGUCAAUGAUUACCACGCUGUCACACCCACUCAACUGCCACACCAGUGUAGCAUCUGUGACAAGAAGGUCUACAACCUCAAGGACUGGGACCAGCACGUGAAGGGAAAACUACACCUGCAGAAUCGAACAUUGUACACACACGAAAGCUCCGCCGUGGUAUCAGCUGGAGCUGUUCACUACACUGUCGGCAGGCCUUCUGAUGGAGGUCUGAACCCCGCAGGAACAAACUCCAUGGUCUACUCUAUUGCAGGUCAAGAUGUAUCCUCAGGAGCCAAUACAUCAUACUUGCCAGCUGCAGCCAUGAAGACUUAUCCCACGUCAGACACAGGAUUUGCCUCACACCAGCCAGAGUCAAAGCCAUUUCCACCAAGAAAAGCAGUUGCAGGGCGAGUCGUUCAUAUCUGCAACCUCCCUGAAGGCAGCUGCACAGAAAAUGAUGUCAUCAACCUGGGACUACCCUUUGGCAAAGUCACCAACUACAUCCUCAUGCGCUCUACCCAUCAGGCAUUUCUGGAGAUGGCAUAUGUUGAAGCAGCUCAGGCCAUGGUUCAGUACUAUCAACUUACUCCAGCUAUGAUUAACAAUCAGAAACUUCUCAUACGAAUGUCUAAGAGGUACAAGGAGCUACAACUCAAGAAACCAGGUAAAGAUGUUCAAUCGAUCAUUCAGGAUAUCACCUCUCAGCGGGAAAGGGACGAGAUGCAAGAACUUGAACACUACAUGCCAGAGAGAGCACGCUCCCGCAGCCCUAUCAGCCGCUCUCUGAGUCCUCAUUCCCACAGUCCCAGUUUUACAUCAUGCAGCUCAGCCCACAGCCCCCAGGGGGGACCAUGCAGAGGUCCAGAGAGAGGCAGCAAUGGCCUGGGACCCUGCCGGGGCUCUUGGGAUUGGACAGCAAAUUUAAGAAGGGGUGAGGACGAAAGGGAGAGAGAUGACCCGUGGAGGAAUGGGGGAAGUGUGGAUGAUGAUCGGCCUAACGGACGGGCAGCUGACCGUCGGAAGGCCUACCAGAAACCCUUGGAUCACAUCAGCUCGAGAUCAGCAGAUGAGCGAGGAGGAGGUGGAGGAGGAGGGGGGGGUGAAGGGAUGAGGGGCAACAGAGACUGGCACCCACGAGGCAGCCCUCAAGGCAUGUCCUUCAGCUCUUACAGGAACAUGGAGGAUGACUUCUACAUGAAAGAACAAAUGUACAAGUCAGACAAACUGCCCAGACCUCCGUACCAAAGGCAUGAUACAAAGCCAAGGAGGAGGGAUGGUGGUGACUACCAUGGCAGGUCGAGGCAUUCUGAUUAUGAGAUGAGUGAAGAGCAACUUUGCAGAACAUCAGAAGAAAAGAGGCAGAGUUCACCAGGAAGGGGCAGGAGCAAAAAGUCAAGCAGGAGACACACCACUGCAGAAAAACACGAGAGAGAAAAUGCCACUGAGAAUACUGAUUGCCAGUCAAAAGAAAAAUCUGUUUCACCUCAGCAAAGUGAUAAACCAAAAGAGGCUACUGAAUGCAGUAAAGAUAGAGACACUGAGAAGGACUGGGAAAGUGGAGUUGAUACUGAUGAGGAGUGUUGGUAUCCUAAGAACAUGGAAGAACUGGUCACUGUUGAUGAAGUGGGAGGAGAAGAUGAUUCCAUUAUUGAGCCAGACCUUCCUGAGUUGGAAGAGUACGCAGCCUGCCCCAAAGAGCCUGUGGAGGAAGAAGCAGUCGAGGAGCAUGUGUCACCACCUACCUCUUCCCUGGAGGUGAAGGAGACAUUUAACAAGAAGUCUAACCAGGAAAAGUCCUGUGGGGAUGCUGGAGACCAGACUGAAACAGCUGUAACUGAGAAAGCAGGGAAUGUUUUAACUGUAACCAGUCCUGAAGAGCAGAACCUCAAACAAGUGCCUCCUGAGCUGCCAGUCACUAACAUUAGUGACUUCCCCAGUGAGGAGUUCAAGGCUGCACUGGAGGAGACAUGUUUAGAGGAUAAAGUGACCAACAGUGGGCCAUUACAAGAGCCAAUGGAAAAUCACGUUAGAGUACCAGAGGACAGCAAGACCCAGAUAGAAGGACAGGUCAUGGAAACAAUCACUAAUGGGGCACAACACAAGGAUGGCAUUCUUAAAAAAGAGAUUGAGGCCCCCUCACCAUCUCGUGAGCAAGACAAAGCUGUCAGUGAACACAGUAUCCCUUUGGGGGUGGAGUUCAUUGUGCCAAGAACUGGCUUCUACUGUAAACUCUGCGGACUGUUCUAUACCAGUGAGGAGACUGCAAAGACGACACACUGCCGCAGCACCGUACACUACAGGAACCUACAGAAAUAUCUCUCACAGCUGGCACAGGAAAGUCUGGCGGACGCACUUUCUGAGCCCUCAGCUGCACAGUGACAUCAUUGUGACCUCUCACCUCUUGUACAGUGAACAACAGAGGCGAGAUUUUUGUAUGUUAGCUGAUGGUGCCAAGCUAUGGUCAACUACAGCAUGGAUAAUGUGACACAUGGAAGCUAGAGCAUGUGGACAAUUGCACUGGUUUUGAUUUUUUGGGGCUGAGGGAUGCUUGAAUGUCUAAAAUGGCACUGACAAUCCCAGCCAUAGAUGCUCUCAAUAUUGUACAUACCUAAAGUGUAAUGUAUAGUAAGGCUACAAUACUUACUUAUUUUAUUAUUAUUAUUUUUUUUUUUCAGUUUAUCAAUUUUCUUACUUCUUAUUUAACUGGGUUGUGUGUGAAUUAAUUUGUUAUUUUUUGGAAUGGAAAUAUAUUUGCAAUGAUGUCUAACUAAUGAGAAGACAAACUUAUAUAGUGUGGGCUUAUGUUAGUCCAUUUUUAGUCAAUUUUCAGAGUUUAAAUCAGUUAUUCUCAUGCGAUAACCUCAUGUUUAAUUUGGUCUGUACAUUAUCCUAGCAACAAUGAUACAUUUAUCACUGUAAAAUGACUUGAAAUAUGCGUCAAAGAAUGUUUUUCCUCAGUGAAAAAGCUGAGGCAGAUUCUCAGGUUUGUUGUAAUUAUUGAAAAGAUUUCAAUGUAUAGCACGGUACACAACAUUUACAUUUUUAUUUAUAUCUUGGGCUUUAAAGGCUCCUGCAGUUUUUAUUUUAUCCUGUGCCUGUUUCUGCACUACAUCAUCUAUCAGGUAAAAAUGUACAUCAUUUGGACUAAUAAUGAUGCAACUAUGCUAAAGAUCUUUAUUUUUUUGAUUACUUCAAUUCAUCAGACAAUCUCAGUCAUAUCUGCCAACCUAUAAUGCCUUAAAUAUUGAAGACCUUAAACUGGACCAUGUGUUUAAUUUAUCAGAGUUAAAAAUACAGUGUUUCAUGUUACAGUGACUUGUUUCAGAGGGAUAAUCAAGCCAGACUCUCUUUUUGUAUACUGUGAAUACUGAUCCUGUGAUCAGUGAUAGUGUUGUUUUCUUUGACAAACUUUUCAUAUAAUUUUUUUGAUGGAAAAAAUACUGAAUAAAUGUUUCAAGUGUUUAA